CCGUCUGGAGAUUAAUAUACAUGCAUGCAUUGGGAGAAUCAGAAGAGAAGAAAUCGAAGCUUCAAUUUGAUUCCAUAGCUGCAAUUCUGAUCCGAGUUGACUCACCCCGUUACUCUCAUUUCAUUUUCGCCGUUUCUCUCAUCCAAUCCCUCAGAUUUUCCUUUUCCGUAAACGUGUUUGAUUUUUCAAUUUUGAUUUGGCAGCCGCAGUGAAUCUCCUCGAUUGGGAUUCUUCAUCUCCAUCGGCGUCGCGAAUUGGGAGGGGGUGAUUGAUCCAAUUCCCCAGAAAUUGGAUUCGGAUGGAAUCAAUUAGGGCACGUUUCAAUGGUGAGGGAUCUCCAUAGAUCGGUGGUGGUAUAGCAUUUGGAUGGGGAAUACAUGCGCAGGCCCAAACACAGGGAAGAAUGGAUUCUUCCAAUCCAUGACCGCCGCCAUCUGGAAGCCUAAGCAGGGCCUUCCGCCGCCGGAUCAGGAAUCCGUCGGCAGCAGCAAUAACAAUAACAAGGAAAACUCCGUCAAAUCUGAUUCAGCCGUCCAGAGCACCCCUCCCACGCAGAUGGUCAUCGCCCCCGAGGAGCCUAAGAAGCCGGAAACUCAACCGCCAAAGCCAGAGCCAACCAACACCAAUGAUACUACGACCGCUGCUGCUGCUACUACUACUACUACUACUAAUAAUAAUAAUAAUAAUAAUAAUAAGCAAGGCGAUGCGGCGAAACAGCAGAACAAGCCUACGCAAAUAAAGAGAGUGGCCAGUGCAGGACUGCAGGUGGAGUCAGUUCUGCAGCGGAAAACGGAGAAUAUGAAGGAGAAGUUUACUCUUGGGAGGAAGCUAGGCCAAGGGCAAUUUGGGACCACGUUCCUUUGCAUCGAGAAGGGGACGAACAAGGAGUUCGCUUGCAAGACCAUUGCUAAGAGGAAGCUGACGACGCCUGAGGACGUGGAGGAUGUGAGGAGGGAGAUUCAGAUCAUGCACCAUUUGGCGGGGCAUCCCAAUGUGAUCUCGAUCGUGGGGGCCUUCGAGGAUGCUGUGGCGGUUCAUGUUGUGAUGGAGCUUUGCUCUGGGGGGGAGCUCUUCGAUAGGAUCAUUCAGAGGGGGCAUUACACCGAGAGGAAGGCGGCUGAGCUGGCUAGGAUAAUAGUUGGUGUGGUGCAAGCUUGCCAUUCUCUUGGAGUUAUGCAUAGAGACUUGAAACCUGAGAAUUUCCUCUUUGUUAAUCAGCAGGAGGAGUCGCCGCUUCAAACCAUUGAUUUUGGCCUCUCUGCUUUCUUCAAGCCAGGGGAAACAUUCAUUGAUGUUGUCGGAAGCCCUUACUACGUUGCCCCAGAGGUACUGAGGAAGCAUUAUGGCCAAGAAUGUGAUGUUUGGAGUGCGGGAGUUAUCAUCUACAUAUUGCUAUGUGGAGUUCCGCCAUUUUGGGAUGAAUCGGAACAGGGAAUUUUCGAGCAGGUUUUGAAAGGUGAACUUGACUUUGUUUCGGAACCCUGGCCUAACAUAUCUGAAAGUGCAAAAGAUCUUGUCCGGAAAAUGCUUGUACGAGACCCAAAGAAGAGGCUCACAGCUCAUCAAGUUCUUUGCCAUCCAUGGGUACAAGUCGGUGGCGUUGCUCCUGAUAAACCUCUUGAUUCUGCUGUUCUAAGUCGUCUGAAGCAAUUCUCUGCGAUGAACAAGAUCAAGAAGAUUGCCAUCAGAGUUAUUGCCGAGAGCCUAUCUGAGGAGGAAAUUGCGGGACUAAAGGAAAUGUUUAAAAUGAUCGAUGUAGAUAACAGUGGACACAUCACCCUUGAAGAACUCAAGAAAGGGCUAUCCAGAGUUGGAGCCCACCUCAAAGACUCAGAAAUAGAGAAUCUUAUGCAAGCUGCUGAUUUCGACAACAGUGGCACGAUAGACUAUCGGGAGUUUGUGGCAGCAAUGUUGCACCUAAAUAAGGUGCAGAAAGAGGAUCAUGUAUACGCGGCCUUCUCGUAUUUCGACAAAGAUGGCAGCGGCUACAUCACAAGGGAUGAGCUCCAGCAGGUCUGCGAGCAAUUCGGAAUAGAAGAUGUCCACCUGGACGACAUCAUCGGGGAAGUCGACAAAGACAACGAUGGGCGCAUCGACUACAGCGAGUUCGUGGCGAUGAUGCAGGACAGCAGUUUCGGGAGCAAGGUAAUACAGAGUAGCAUGAGCUUGGGAAUGAAGGGUUCUUAGAAAUAAAUACUUCUAGAGUAGUAGUAUGUUUGUUUUUGUUCAGUUUGUGUAAAUUUAUGUAUCAAUGCAAGAAAGUAAAUUGACGAAUCUUCUGCUGUAGAGAUUAGUGAUGACAGUGAAGUUUCCUGGACCCACUUUAGAAUUUUGUUAGGUUGUUUUCGCUUUGAAAUUAAAUUGUUGUCUGUGGUUUACAGUUUACAUAAUGGAUCAGCAAUUAUACAAGUAUUGUUCAAA